UCUGCGAACGUCUAACUCUUUUCAUAUAUUGCUGCCUCUUUUCAUCAGACAAAGAAAAAAUACUGUUUUUUUUUAGAAAUUCAGAAAAUUGCGUCGCCAUUUUCUGAACACUCAGACUAACUGCACAACAAUUCAUCUUUCAAGACUACAAGUCAAAAAUAAACUAAAUCAAUCUCUAAACAACAAUGACUGGACGCGGUAAGGGAGGAAAAGGUUUGGGUAAAGGAGGCGCUAAGCGUCACAGGAAAGUUUUGCGUGAUAACAUCCAAGGUAUAACAAAGCCUGCAAUUCGUCGUCUGGCUCGCCGUGGUGGUGUCAAACGUAUUUCAGGACUCAUUUACGAGGAAACUCGUGGUGUACUUAAGGUUUUCCUUGAGAACGUUAUUCGUGACGCUGUUACCUACACUGAGCACGCCAAGCGUAAGACUGUAACUGCUAUGGACGUAGUCUACGCCUUGAAACGCCAGGGACGUACUUUGUACGGUUUUGGUGGCUAAACAGGAUCAACUUUGUAUCCAAAUUAUUGACAAAGUCACAGUUUGCCUCUAGUUUUUUCUUUUCUAUGGCGACUUCAUCUACGAAGGCCCCGGCAGCUGGAUGAUUUUUUAAUACAAAAUAUUAUAAAAACCUUAUUCCAUUUUAUUAAUUAUUUUAUCAGUAACUUGUGCAACAAUUAUUGUAUUUUCGUAUUUUUGUUCUUAAUAAAAAUUGUAUCUGUGUAGCAAA